AUGGGGCAGCGCCGUAGCUGGUGCAACUGGCGCUGUGCUUGCAAACGCCAUAGUAUAUCCUCUGGACAUGUGCAAGUGAAGAGUCGAAAGGGCGAAAAUGGCCAUGUUCCUGGCGACACUCCGCAUUACGAGUCCACGUGGGAUGCUAUCACUAAGAUCGUGCAGGAUGAGGGGAUCAUCGGGCUAUACGCCGGUAUCAACGGUGCUCUGAUCGGCGUCGCUUCCACCAACUUCGCCUAUUUCUACUGGUACACGGUCGUGCGCGCCCUCUACAUGGCGUCGAACAAAGUUCCAAAGCCUCCAGGGACGGCCAUUGAGCUCACACUGGGCGCGGUUGCCGGUGCCGCUGCGCAGGUCUUCACCAUUCCCGUUUCAGUCAUUACGACGAGACAACAGACACAGCCGAAGGGAGAGAAGAAAGGGCUCAUAGAAACUGGACGCGAGGUGGUCAACAGUGAGGACGGCUGGUCGGGUUUGUGGAGAGGUCUGAAGGCGAGCUUGGUCCUUGUCGUAAACCCGGCAAUUACAUAUGGAGCCUACCAGAGACUCAAGGACAUCCUUUUCCCUGGGAAGAAGAAUCUCCGGCCAUGGGAAGCUUUUGUUCUGGGAGCUCUUUCGAAAGUUCUGGCUACAAUUGCGACCCAACCGUUAAUAGUGGCCAAAGUCGGCUUACAGUCGAAGCCGCCGGCAGGGCGACAAGGCAAGCCUUUCAAGAGUUUCGUCGAGGUGAUGCGCUAUAUUGUUGAGAAUGAGGGCCCAUUGAGCCUCUUCAAGGGCAUUGGUCCUCAGAUUCUGAAGGGCCUCUUGGUGCAAGGUCUCCUCAUGAUGACCAAGGAGAGGGUGGAGCUUCUCUUUAUCCUUCUCUUCGCAUAUCUCCGGAAGCUCAAAGAAGCGAGGCUGAAGAAGGCGGCAGAUUUGGCAGCCGCCAAGGCUAAAACUAGUCUUCCGGUAACACUCAAGUAA